CGUCUGAGCGGCGAGCCGUGCCGGCGGGGAGCCUCCGGAGGGGUGCGUGUGAGCGGGAAGCGUGAGCCGGCAGCGUGUGAGCAGCGAACCGGGCCGGCGAGGGGCGGGGAGAGGGGUGCGUGUGAGCGGGGAGCGUGAGCCGGCAGCGUGUGAGCGACGAGCCGGGCCGGCGGGGAGCGGGGAGAGGGGCGCGUGUGAGCGGGGAGCGUGAGCCGGCAGCGUGAGCCCGGGACCUGGGUCGGCGGGGAGAGGGGUGCGUGUGAGCUGGGAGCGUGAGCCGGCAGCGUGUGAGCGGAGAACUUGGCUGGCGCGGGGCGGGGAGAGGGGCGCGUGUGAGCGGGGAGCGUGAGCUGGCAGCGUGUGAGCGGCGAACCGGGCCGGCGCGUGGCGGGAGGCCCGGGGAGGGGGGCGGGGGGGCGUGUGAGCCGGAUAAGGGGCUCUGUCAGUGGGACACGCGGGCCGGCGCCUCGGGGCGUUGUGAGCCAGGCCUGCAGCGAAGGGGGCGUGUGAGCCGGAAAUGGGGCCCUGGGAGGCGGGAGGGCAGGCGGUCACCAUCUGGCCUGAGGAGCACGCAGCUGGCGGUCGAUCCCGGGCCCCCUCCGCGUGGGUCCGGCAGGGCGCCCAGAGAAUGCCUGGGGGCUCCGGCGGUGGGCUUGGCCGGUGCGUGCGUCCUGCCGCCACCGGGCUGCUUAUUGUUUUUAAUUUGAAGACAGUGACAAUAUCCUGAUUUUGCUACCCUACACUUUGGGUUCUGAAGUGAGUUUUAUCUAAAAAUUGCUGCAUAAUGCCAGAUACAAGCAGCAUCUGAGGAAAUUUGCAGCAGUUCCAAGAGGAGCAUAUUGCUUCCAUAAGACGUCAGAUGGAACUCAGAAUUAAAGACUUGGGAUCUGAACUCUCCAAGAGGAAAACUUUUGAAGAUUCUAAUAAAGCAGAGUUGGAAAAAUAUAAGCAACACUACCUAGAGAAACUAAAAGAAAGUCCUUGGAAAAGAAACUAGACAAGACUAAUGAGCGCCUGGCAGAGAUCAGCACCAAACUUGAGGUGGAGAAACAGCAGAAGAGAUCUUUACUCAGCACUCCUAGCAGCACGCUAGUCCUGGAGCCCUCUUCUGUUGGAAAUUUCAAUCCUACUUCAGGGUUCAAUGCAAAUCUUCUUUCAGGAGCAAUUGUAGAGUUUUCUACCUCAAUUCCACACGGUUCAAAUGACAGCGUGGAGACUUACUUGACCGAGGUUAACUUCGAGGAAUUUAAGGACGGUUUCAUGGCUGUGUUGUCAUCACAGGCUGGUCUUGCCUCCUCAGAUGAAGACAGUGGGCCUUUGGAGUCAGUUGCCUCCCAGGCUGUGCCCUCAAAGGCCAUGAGCAGCUCUAAGUGGUCCGGCUGUCGGAGCCAGCCCGAGCCCUGUGGCGCUGCAGGUGGAGCCCCAGGUUUACCGGAGCAGCCGGUCACCCGCAGUGUGAGAAGCCAGCUCUGCUGCUCCGCGUCCCUGGAAAGCGUCGAGAGUCUCAAGUCUGAUGAAGAAGCCGACAGUGCGAAGGAGCCUCAGAAUGAAUUGUUUGAAGCCCAAGGAAGCAGGUGGAGCAGAUGGCCAGGGAGCGAGAUAAGGUGAGACAAGACCUGGAGAAAGCUGAGCAGAGGAACCUGGAGUUUGUGAACGAGUCCGACGACCUCCAUUCCGCCCUGGAGCAUCUCGCGGAGGAGAAGGUCAGAAUCAAGUUGGAAAAGCUUUCUGAAGAAAUCACGCUCUUGAAAAAUGAGGUGGGGAAGAUCCGACAAGAGCUUGAAGCUUCAGAAAGGACAGAGGCUGCACAGAGGUGGAUUUUUUACCGUCUGAACUACCAGGAAAUGGAGUGUGGGCAUCAGAUAAAUGGACUCUUUAGAAAUCGUGAGCUUUCCUGGACACGCCCUUACCUUGUGGGGUGGCCUACCAGCUGUAUGGAGCCACCCAGAAGCUGUGGCUGGCCCGGUCCCAGCACGCCCAGCGGGUGCAGCAGUCGCAGGAGGAGAUGGCACAGCACGUGCCCACAGGCCGCGUGGCCGAGCUGCAGCAGCUGCUGGAAGGAAGCACAUGAAAAACAGCUGGAAGCAACAGAAGAGCAGGUGGAGGAGGUGGAGAUGACUUUGAAGAACAUGGAAGUGCUCCUCCAAGAGAAAGUGGGUGACCUGAAGGAACAGUUUGAAAAGAGCACAGGAUCUGAUCUGCUGCUCAAGGAGCUCUAUGUGGAAAAUGCCCACCUGACAAAAGCGCUUCAAGUCACUGAGGAGAAGCAACGAGGCACUGAGAAAAAGUCCCGAUUCUUGGAAGGAAAAGUUAGAACUCUCAGCAAACUCCUCAGCAAGAUUGCUGAAGCUUCCCUCGCUGUUUAGACUGCUUUUCUUCCUGGCGUUCAUUUUGAAGGAACGUCUAUUAAAGUAAACCACUGUGACACCGUAACUUAUUGUGGCUCACUGGCUGUACACCCGUGGAUAAAUGAGGAUUGUGAUUCUGUUUACCCCACAAGCAUUUAAUGAAGGGUUGUGUGCCAAAUGCCUGGGAAACACGUUGGAGAGGACUAUUUUUUUUUUUAGUGGUCCUUGGGUAACUUCCAGAGUUACAUUCCGAAUUUUGCUACUGAAAAACAAACCAGAUUAUGGGGUUCUCAGCAAGGUAAAUGGUAAAAUAAAGCAAUUUUAAUCUUGCACUUCUGACCUUGGCUACAGAGAUUAAAAUGUGAAGUCAGGGCUCUGUAGUUUUACCAUUGCACUGUUAGUUCUAUGGGUUUAGUCUCUGGCAUUCUCGAUGGUGGAUCGGUGUAGACACUCCAGAAACGCUACACUUUCUGUGACUUUCAACUAGCGAUAAGGGAUAGAGGAAGGAAGCCUUUUUGUCAGGGCCUGUUCCACCACGAGGGAGGUCUAGACAGUGCUGGUGUUUCAGAGCUGUGGACUCAGGGAGGAUGGUAUCGUAUCCAUUGUGAAUGCAAUCUUUUCCUCACUGAAAUGUCAUCACACUGCAAAGUGUAUUAUAUGUUAAAAACCAGGAAAAAAGUACAGUUUUAUAUUCAAGAUAUACAUAAAUUAUGAUCAUUUGGUUGAUCAGAAUUAACUACUGUAAUAUGAAUUUACUGUAUCUGCAAUAAAAUCCUUUUCUAUUAAAAUAGA